AGAUGGCGUUGCAACAUGUUGCACAACACUAGUCCAUUUGUUGCACAAUAAAAUGAAAGUAUGGGAACAUUUAAAGGCUCUAUAAAUUGCCUGAGAGAAUAGUUUUAGCUCAAUUAGAGAUAGGAAACAGAAGAGAAAAAUGGCAUUAAGCACAAGAGAGGCUCUGAGAAGAUGCCUUCAAACCACUGAUAUAAAUGAAGUAAUCUCACUCAGUAAACACUCCGAUCCGACAGUAAGGCAAAGAGCUUUAAGAGAAAUGUGUCCCUGCCGAGUUAAAACAGAUAUAGGAGAAUUUUGGGCAAGAGUUUUGGAAAUGAUUGACGAUCCUGCAACAAAUGUUAGACAACAAGUUUUACACACAUUAUGUGACGGCUCACCAGUUCACAUGGAAUAUGAUGUUGUGGAAGCUCUUCAAAAGUUCAAUAUAGAUUCAGAUAAGGAAAUAAGACGAAAGGCUCAUAAAGCACUAGCUUCAUAUAGCAGAACCGGAAAAUGGAACAUUUUGUGA